GCGUGGCGGGCCUGGGAGCCAGGGGACGGCGGCUCGCUGGUGCACGCGUGCGGCGCGGAGAUGAAGUUCUCCUACCGGUUUUCAAAUUUGCUGGGUACAGUUUAUCGGCGUGGAAACUUAAAUUUUACACGUGAUGGAAAUUCAGUUAUCAGCCCCGUGGGAAACAGAAUCACUGUGUUUGACCUUAAAAACAACAAAUCCGACACCCUACCCCUGGCGACCCGGUACAACGUCAAGUGUGUGGGGCUCUCCCCGGACGGCUGCCUCGCCAUCGUCGUCGAUGAAGGGGUCCGUGCCUGUGUUGGAGCUACUGCCUGAUGACCAGCUCUUCCCUUUUGCAGGGGGGGACGCCCUGCUGGUCAGCCUGGUGUGCAGGUCUGUGCUCCACCACUUCCACUUCAAAGGCUCUGUGCACAGCGUCUCCUUCUCCCCCAAUGGCAGGAAAUUCGUCGUCACCAAGGGCAAUAUCGCUCAGCUGUACCAUGCCCCCGGGAAGAAGCGGGAGUUCAAUGCUUUUGUCCUGGACAAGACCUACUUCGGGCCAUACGACGAGACUACGUGCAUCGACUGGACUGAUGACUCCAGGUGCUUCGUGGUCGGGAGCAGGGACAUGUCCACGUGGGUGUUCGGGGCCGAGCGCUGGGACAACCUGAUCUACUAUGCGCUGGGGGGGCACAAGGAUGCCAUCGUGGGCUGUUUCUUUGAAGCCAACAGCCUGGACCUGUACACACUCAGCCAGGACGGAGCCCUGUGCGUGUGGCAGUGCGACACGCCCCCCGAGGGCCUCAGGCUGAAAGCCCCCAAAGGCUGGAGGGCAGACAUGCUGCAGAGGGAGGAGGAGCAGGAGGAGGAGGAGGAGGAAGAGGAGGAGAGCGCGAAGGAAACCACCAUUCGGGGGAAAGCUGCGCCUGCUGAGGAGGAGAAGCAGGGAAAAGUGCAGUACUCGCGGCUGGCCAAGUACUUUUUCAACAAAGAAGGAGAUUUUAACAAUCUGACCGCUGCAGCGUAUCACAAGAAGACUCAUCUCUUGGUCACUGGCUUUGCUUCUGGAAUAUUCCAUCUCCACGAGCUCCCAGACUUCAACCUCAUUCACUCCUUGAGCAUUUCCGACCAGAGGAUCGCGUCGGUGGCCAUCAACAGCUCCGGGGACUGGAUCGCCUUUGGCUGCUCAGGCCUGGGCCAGCUGCUCGUGUGGGAGUGGCAGAGCGAGUCCUACGUGCUCAAGCAGCAGGGCCACUUCAACAGCAUGGUGGCUCUGGCCUACUCCCCCGACGGACAGUACAUUGUGACCGGUGGGGACGACGGCAAGGUGAAGCUGUGGAACACGCUCAGUGGCUUCUGCUUCAUCACGUUCACGGAGCACUCGAGUGGGGUCACAGGUGUGGCCUUCACCACCAGCGGCCACGUCAUCGUGACCUCCUCCAUGGAUGGGACCGUGCGUGCCUUCGACCUGCACAGAUACCGGAACUUCCGCACCUUUACGUCCCCCCGUCCCACCCAGUUCUCCUGCGUGGCUGUGGACUGCAGUGGAGAGAUUGUGUCGGCUGGAGCCCAGGACUCUUUCGAGAUCUUCAUCUGGUCCAUGCAGACAGGCCGGCUCUUAGAGGUUCUGUCCGGCCACGAGGCGCCCAUCAGCGGUCUGUGUUUUAACCCAAUGAAGUCCAUCCUUGCCAGCUCCUCCUGGGACAAGACGGUGCGGCUGUGGGACAUGUUUGACAGCUGGCGGGCCAAGGAGACGCUGGCCUUGACCUCUGACGCUUUGGCCGUGACUUUCCGCCCUGAUGGUGCAGAGCUGGCCGUGGCCACAUUGAACUCACAGAUCCUCUUCUGGGACCCUGAAAACGCAGUGCAGACAGGCUCCAUCGAGGGCAGGCACGACCUCAAAGCAGGCCGGAAGGAGCUGGACAAGAUCACGGCCAAACAUUCAGCCAAGGGCAAGUCCUUCACCACCUUAUGCUACUCUGCAGACGGGCAGAACAUUCUGGCUGGAGGGAUGUCCAAGUUCGUUUGCAUUUAUCAUGUCAAGGAACAGAUCCUCGUGAAGAAGUUCGAGAUCUCCUGCAACCUCUCUCUGGACGCGAUGGAGGAGUUUCUGAACCGAAGGAAGAUGACAGAGUUUGGCAACCUGGCACUCAUCGACCAAGACGCCGGGGAGGAUGGAGUGGCUGUGCCGCUGCCGGGCGUGAAGAAAGGUGACAUGAGUUCUCGGCACUUCAAGCCUGAAAUCCGGGUGACUUCGCUCCGUUUCUCUCCCACUGGGCGCUGCUGGGCAGCCACCACCACCGAGGGGCUGCUCAUCUACUCCCUGGAUGCCCGCGUGGCCUUCGACCCCUUCGAGCUGGACACGAGCAUCACCCCCAGCCGGGUCCGCACGGCACUGUGCCAGAAGGAGUUCACGCGGGCCGUGCUGAUGGCCUUCCGUCUGAACGAGCAGAAGCUGGUGCAGGAGGCCCUAGAGGCUGUGCCCAGCAGCGAGAUUGAAGUGGUCAGUUCCUCACUUCCUGAGUUGUACGUGGAGAAAGUGCUUGAGUUUCUGGCUUCCUCCUUCGAGGGGACUCGCCACCUGGAAUUCUACUUGAUAUGGACGCAGAAGCUCCUCAUGCAGCACGGCCAGAAGCUGAAGUCCAGGGCAGGGCGCCUGCUGCCCGUGGUCCAGUUCCUGCAGAAGAGCAUCCAGCGGCACCUGGACGACGUCUCCAAGCUCUGCAACUGGAAUCGCUACAACAUUCGGUACGCUUUGGCCAUUUCCAAGCAGCGGGGCAUGAAGCGGCCCUUGGAACCACCGGACAGCGAGGAGGACGCUUGCGUGUCUGAGGACGACAGCCUGCAUCUGCUCGGAGCGGGAGUGCUGGCAUAGAGAUGGCCGCGUCAGUGUCACCCGUCCUGCCACCACGCCCGUCAGAGGCUGGCCUGCCAGGCUCUGCCUCGGCCCCUGGAGAGGCCUCAUGGACACAGAAAACGAGCCCGGGGUCCUGGUGUCCUGAGCACCCUGGAAUGUUGUCUCCCAUGACUCACUUUCCCCAGAGGAGACAGCACGGGCCUGUUCCCGUGGCACCCGGAGCCGCUCAGGGAGCUGGGCAGUGGGCACACCUGGGGAUGGCCUCUCUGGAAUAAACAUCGAGGCGUCUGCCUGCGAGAAGCCUUUCCCGUGGGCCAGACUGCUCACCUGCGGGGAAUCUGCAUGGGAGCUGUUUACAUUUUCUAUAUAAAGCUUUGGAGAUGAAGAACAUGGAACUUCCUAAAAUAUAAGGAAGGGUUCUGACUUUGAAUUAAAAACGUUUUUGAGCCUA